AUGUCCGAGCACUACAACUUCGAGCACUUUGAUGGUGCCUCCAACUAUGGUGCUAGCACUUCCGAAUACUCGUACUCCGAAGCCUCAUCCCACGCAUCAAGUCGCACCAACGCUCAUGCCCAUAAGCAGCACACCAAGCCCAAGGCUGACUCGAGGCGCAAGGACAUCCAUCUUGACCUCGACCUUGAUGCCAUUAGCGACCUACACUUGACCGAGCACCACCUCGAUCCUUCGCGCUCCCAUGCCCACGCUCAUCUCCAUGGUGCUCCUCAUUCGCAUUUCUCACACAGCAGCUUCGAAGCUGCCAGCCCAUCCUUGCCAGCACAUGGUGCUCCUCUUCUAGACAGCAUCCCCGACGACUCCGACCUUCUCUCUUUCCAGAACCUACCAGAGCAUGCUUGCGCCUAUUGCGGCAUCUUCAACCCCUCUUGCGUUGUCAAGUGUCUUAUCUGCAACAAGUGGUUCUGCAAUUCCCGCGGAUCCACUUCCGGUUCCCACAUUGUCAACCACCUCGUCCGCGCCAAGCACAAGGAGGUCUCUUUGCAUGCAGAUUCGCCUCUUGGAGAGACGAUGCCCGAAUGCUACAACUGUGGUGUCAAAAACGUCUUUCUUCUCGGUUUCAUUCCAGCAAAGAGCGAGACCGUCGUCGUGCUACUCUGUCGACAGCCUUGCGCCGCCAUGUCCAACUCCAAGGACGUCAUCUGGGACACCACUCAAUGGUCGCCUCUCAUCCAAGAUCGUUGCUUCCUCACUUGGCUCGUCAAGGUUCCCACAGAGCAUGAGCAGCUCCGUGCACGCCCUGUCACAUUGCAGCAGAUCAAUCGUCUCGAAGAGCUUUGGAAGGAGAAUGCCAACGCCAGUCUCGAAGAUCUCGACAAGCCUGGCGUUGACCAAGAGCCUAACGGCAUCUUGCUACAAUACGAAGACGCAUACCAGUAUCAGAACAUCUUUGGCCCAUUAGUCAAGAUCGAGGCAGACUAUGACCGCAAGCUCAAGGAGUCGCAGACACAGCAGGACUUGGUCGUUCGAUGGGAUCAGGGUCUCAACCAGAAGAAGAUCGCAUGGAUGAUGCUGCCCAAGCUAGAGAGCGGAGAAGUGCGUCUAGCUGUCGGUGACGAGUUGAAGCUGCGCUACCGAGGCGAGAUAGCUCCACCUUGGCAAGGUGUGGGUCAUGUCAUCAAGAUUCCCAACAACGUCUCGGACGAAGUUGCGCUUGAGCUCAAGCGAUCCGAUGGUGUGCCCGACCACUGCACACACAACUUCUUUGCCGACUUUGUCUGGAAGGCUACAUCCUUCGACCGUAUGCAGAGCGCCAUGAAGACGUUUGCUGUCGACGAGCAGAGCCUCAGUGGCUACAUCUAUCACAAACUGCUUGGUCACGAGAUUGAGAGUGCUACCUUGCGCACCACCAUGCCCAAACGCUUCAGCGCUCCUGGUCUUCCCGAACUCAACCACAGUCAGGUCAACGCUGUCAAGAGUGUACUCCAAAAGCCACUCAGUCUCAUCCAGGGUCCUCCUGGUACCGGUAAGACGGUGACCUCUGCAACGAUUGUCUACCAGCUCAGCAAGAUGAACCCAGGCGCGGUGCUUGUCUGCGCUCCCUCCAACGUCGCCGUGGACCAACUGUGUGAAAAGAUCCACCUGACAGGUCUCAAGGUCGUGCGUCUUAGCGCAAAGAGUCGAGAAGCGCUCGACAGCCCCAUCAGCUUUCUCACGCUCCACGAGCAAGUUGCUAACAACGAUACCCAUAUUGAGCUGCAGAAGCUCAUCCAGCUCAAGAACGAACAGGGCGAGCUCAGCAGCAGUGACGAGCGCAAGUACAAGGCUCUCACCCGUGCUUGUGAAAAGGAGAUUCUCAGCACUGCCGAUGUCAUUUGCUGCACCUGUGUCGGUUGUGGUGAUCCUCGUCUCUCGAAGAUCAAGUUCCGCACCGUGUUGGUCGACGAAGCAACACAGGCAGCUGAGCCAGAGGUCAUGAUCCCUCUCGUGAUGGGUUGCAAGCAAGUCGUCUUUGUUGGAGACCACCUCCAGCUAGGCCCGGUGAUUAUGAACAAGAAAGCCGCACGAGCUGGUCUCAGCCAGAGUCUGUUUGAACGUCUUAUCAUGUUGGGCAACCGACCGAUUCGAUUGCAGGUGCAAUACCGUAUGCAUCCAUGCCUAUCCGAAUUCCCUUCCAACAUGUUCUAUGAAGGUACGCUGCAGAACGGUGUCACCGCGCCAGAACGAUUGCGCAGGGAGGUCGACUUCCCUUGGCCUGUACCUUGGCUGCCCAUGUUCUUCUUCCAGAAUCUGGGUCAGGAAGAGAUCUCGAGCAGUGGUACAUCCUUCCUCAACCGCACUGAGGCCUCCAACGUCGAAAAGAUUGUGACGCGCUUCUUCAAGGCAGGUGUCAAGCCAUCGCAGAUCGGUAUCGUGACGCCAUACGAAGGUCAGCGAAGUUACAUUGUCAACCACAUGCAGUUGCACGGCUCGCUCAAGAAGGAGCUCUACAAGCAAGUCGAAGUGGCAAGUGUCGACGCCUUCCAGGGACGAGAGAAGGACUACAUCAUCCUCAGCUGUGUUCGUAGCAACGAACACCAAGGUAUUGGAUUCUUGAGUGAUCCAAGACGACUCAACGUAGCUUUGACUCGUGCUCGAUACGGUCUUGUGAUCUUGGGUAACCCGAAGGUGCUCAACAAGCACCCACUUUGGCACUACCUCUUGGUGCAUUACAAGGAGAAGGGAUGUCUUGUCGAAGGUGUGCUGUCCAACUUGCAGGCAAGCAUGAUUCAGUUCCCCAAGCCACGUCGACCUCUGCAGAAGCCAGGUGAUCUCAUGGCUCGUCAUCGACACGAUCUUGCCGGCGCUGAGGCACAUGGUCCUUUACGAGGUCGAGGCGAUGCGGGUGGGAAAGGAGGCAACCAACUAGGCUUCUUGCGCACUCACGAUCCCAUCUCGUACAUUCCAAGCGACGCACAGAGUGUCACAAGUCUGGGCACACAAGCCACUUACCCAUCAGCGCAUCUGUCGGCGGGAGGUAUGCAUGGACCGUACGCCAGCAGCAUCGUCAGCCAGGACGUCGACGCCGAGAGUCUGGCAGGAAGCACAGCACCACCAGCCAGCAUCACCUACAGCCAGAGCGACAGACUGCACCGCCGACUCAGCAUUGGCGGUGCUUCGGACUUGACCAGCUUGGACAAUUACAAGGGCGAUGGUGGAUUGAUUGGGUCGCACGACGACGAUGCCGGAUCGACAUUCUCGGCUGCCAUCUCUCAGUCGUCGUUUACCACAUUUUGA